UAACUUUAUUAUUUUUUUCAGUUUGUAAAGAGAAGUAGGGGAAGAUAAAACUGGACAGCUUGGGGGGACAAAAUCUUCAUGUUGUGUGGGACGUCUCAGCUACCUACAGUAGCCAGCAUGUCUUUGGUCCUGCUUUCCACCCUCUGGCUCAUCGUUCAAGCUCAAGCAAUAGCCAUAAAGCCGACUCCUGAACUAGAGCCCUAUGAAGUAGUUCGUCCUAAAAAACUACACAUUUUACACAAAAGAGAGAUGCAGAACAACCAGACAGAGAAGCAUGGCAAAGAGGAAAGAUAUGAACCUGAACUUCAGUAUCAGAUGAUAUUAAAUGGAGAAGAAGUCAUUCUUUGCCUACAAAAAGCCAAGCAUCUCCUGGGGCCAGACUACACUGAAACAUAUUACUCACCCAGAGGAGAGAAAAUCACAACAAGCCCUCAGAACAUGGAACACUGCUACUAUAAAGGACACGUCCUAAAUGAAAAGGAUUCUGUUGCCAGUAUUUGUACUUGUGAUGGGUUGAGGGGAUACUUCACACAUCACAAUCAGAGAUACAUGAUAAAGCCUCUGAAAAUCACAGACCAAGAAGAACAUGCUGUCCUCAUAUACAACCAGGAGGAGCUAGACCCAGCUAAUCACACCUGUGGUGUAAGAAAUGUUGGCAGGAAACAGGGCCUUAUUCGAACCUCAAGGUCACUCAAAAGGCCAGAGAAAGACUUUCUUCAGGCUGAGAAAUACAUCGAUCUCUUUUUGGUGCUGGAUAAUGCCUUUUAUAACAUGUAUAAUAGGAAUAUAACUUUGAUAAGAAGCUUUGUGUUUGAUGUGAUAAACCUACUCAAUGUGAUUUAUAAUACCAUAGACAUUCAAGUGGUCUUGAUAGGUAUGGAAAUCUGGUCUGAUGGUGAUAAGAUAAAGGUGGUACCCAACACAGGUGUCACCUUUAACAACUUUCUGAAUUGGCAUCGUUCUAACCUGGGGAAGAUGAAGAUCCAUGACCACGCUCAGCUACUCAGUGGAGUUGGCUUCAGAAAUCGAAUUACAGGACUGGCAGCCUCGAAUUCCUUGUGCUCCCCAUCAUCUGUUGCCGUUAUUGAGGGUAAGAGAAAGAAUAGUGUCUCUCUUGUAGGAGUGAUGGCACAUGAGUUGGGUCAUGUCCUCGGUAUGCCUGAUGUUCCAUAUAACACCAACUGUCCCUCUGGGAGUUGUGUGAUGAAUGAAUAUCUGAGUUCAAAAUUCCCAAAGGAUUUCAGUACAGUCAGUCGCUCACAUUUUAAAAAAUAUAUUUUAUCUCAAAAACCAAGAUGCUUGCUGCAAACAUUGGUUCCUAAAAAUAUGAUGAUAAAACCAGUGUGUGGGAACCAACUUCUGGAAGUAGGAGAAGUCUGUGAUUGUGGCUCUCCUGAGGAAUGUGCCAAUCCUUGCUGUGAGGCCAUGACCUGUAUGUUAAAACCUGAAGCUGAUUGUGGAAAAAACAGUAAACCAUAACACAGAAUGAAUCCAAAAAUCCACUUCAUUGAGAUGCUACUUGCCAGGACAAGAAUCAAGAAAUCUAAACAUGCCAAGAAUCUUGCAUAUUCUCACUGUUGUCCUGAGAUAUAUUUUGCUUUUCACUUGUCAUUAUGCUUCCUAUAUUUUUACCACUCCAGCCAACAGGUCAAUAAAUGUAUUUAGAGAAGCUGCAUGUUUUCUAAGCCUGAUCUUUAAUGUAUUUUUAAGGACCCUGAAGCUGUUGUUUAGCUCUGCUCUUUGGAGAACAAAAGAAAUUAGCCUUUGACUAAAACACCUCAAAAUGUUCUGCUGAAUUAUGCAGGCUCAAUUCAGAAUUGUAAAGUGACAAGUGUCUUGUGUUUUAACCCCACUUUUAUUUUAGUAUAGUCCAUGAAAAUAUAAGGCCAUUUGAAGAGUGAAGUCUUCGGUGGAAGAAAGGAAAGCAGAGUUCCCGUGUCAUUUCUUGCUCUUCAGUGUUCUGCUUACCUUGCUCUUAGAAAUGUGGUAUUUUUCUAUAUCAUAUCAAGACUAAUUAAGCAUUUUUAAUUUUGUCAUGUGUAAUCCUCUCACCAUCACACUUAAUAUUAAUUUGGAGAAGUCUGCAUUGCUCACACUGGAAUUUAGCCACCAAGGAAUGCUUCAUUCAUCUCUUGGCGUAAUGAACCACAAUGUCAAUGAA